AUGUCUGGACCAAAGAUCCCAACCGAGCAAUGGGCUCAAGUCAUCGACAAGGUCGGUGGCCCUCUUCAAUACAAGAAGAUUCCAGUUGCAAAGCCUGGCCCAGAGGAAGUCCUCGUCAACAUCAAGUACUCUGGUGUUUGCCACACUGAUCUCCAUGCCGUCAAUGGUGACUGGCCCAUCCCAACCAAACUACCCCUGGUUGGUGGUCACGAAGGUGCUGGUAUUGUCGUUGCACGUGGUGAACUCGUCACCGAUGACAUCUGCAAGAUUGGCGAGGCUGUCGGUGUCAAGUGGUUGAACGACUCUUGCCUUUCUUGCACUUUCUGCCAACAAGCCGAUGAACCCCUUUGCUUGACUCCCAAGCUUUCAGGCUACACUGUUGACGGAUCUUUCCAACAAUACGCCAUUGCGUCCGCACGACAUGUUGCACAUAUCCCAGAAGGUGUUCCCCUUGAUGAGGUAUCACCAGUCCUCUGCGCCGGUAUCACCGUCUACAAGGGAUUGAAGGAGUCCGGUGCUAAGCCCGGUCAGACCGUUGCCAUUGUUGGUGCCGGUGGCGGGUUGGGCUCUCUUGCCGUCCAAUACGCAAAGGCCAUGGGUCUACACUCCAUCGGUAUUGAUUCUGGUGAGGAGAAGAAGGCUCUUGCCACCAAAUUGGGUGCUUCGGCAUUCAUCGAUUUCGCAACAUCCAGCGACAUUGUCAAGGAUGUCAAGGCUGCCACCAAGGACGGUCUUGGUCCCCAUGCCGUCAUCCUCGUGGCUGUCAACGAGAAGCCCUUCCAACAGGCUGCUGAAUACGUCCGACCCAGAGGUACCGUCAUUGUCAUCGGUCUCCCAGCCAAGGCCUACAUCCGAGCACCAGUCUUCGAGUCUGUCCUCAAGAUGAUCAGAAUUCAAGCUUCAUACGUCGGUAACCGACAGGAUAGUGAGGAGGCUUUGGACUUCUUCGCCCGUGGUUUGAUCAAGGUUCCCUUCAAGACUGUGGAUCUCAAGGAUCUACCAAAGGUUUACGAAUUGAUGCACGCCGGACAGAUCGCAGGACGAUAUGUCCUCAAGAUGCCAGAUGCCGAGUAA